GUUUGGUUCAGUUAAGCGCGGUUUGGCAUUCGGUUGAGACGUUAUUUGUUCCCCCGAAAUUCUUUUAAUAAGUUUCAUUUAUUUUUUUUGGUUGGUUUUUGUUAGUGAAAUCUUUUGGCAUCUUCUCGCCAUGUCCAAGUAUACGAAAUUGGCACGCGGGAUUUGCGAUCUAUUGAUCUGGGCUGCUCUUUCGGUGGCCAGUCUGCUCUUGCAUAAAUUUGUGCGUCCCUUUAAACGUGGAUUCUUUUGCGGCGAUGAAUCACUGGCAUAUCCCCUGAAAGAGGGCACCAUAGGCAUGAUGAUGCUGAUUGGCAUCACUCUGGGAGUUCCCACCAUAGUGAUCAUUGUGGUUGAAUUGUUUAAGCAAUUACCCGGCUCGGGGCUAAGAGAUGCCAAGUCAAGGGAUUUGGCAGGAGGAGCAGGUGGUGGCAAUGGCAAAGGAGGAUGUCGCCUGGUCUACCGUUUAGGACAAUUGUACAAGCAGGCAGGAUGCUACCUCUUUGGCUUGGCCAUGCUAACAUUCACCACCAUACUAUCCAAGUUGUGCAUAGGACGUCUACGUCCACAUUUCUUUGAGGUCUGCCAGCCUAUGAUGCCGGACGGCAGCAAUUGCCACGAUCCACAGAAUCAUGGACGUUACAUCGACAGCUAUAGCUGCAGUAAUGCCAACGUUACUGAUUUCCAGUAUCAGCAAUUGAAUCAAUCUUUCCCCAGCGGACAUGCCAGCAUGAUAAUGUAUGCCAUGCUCUAUUUGGCCAUCUAUUUGCAGGCUGCCUUGAGCACCAGAGUAUCGAAGCUAUUGAAACAUCUAUUGCAAUUCCUAUUCGUCAUGUUUGGCUGGUAUGUGGCAUUGUCACGCAUUACGGACUACUGGCAUCACUGGAGUGAUGUUCUGGCUGGUGUCGUCUUGGGUGUACUCUUUGCCUGGCUAACUAGUGUCUAUGUGGCCGAUUUGUUUGCCUUCAAACGUUGGUCUCGCGGCGGCUACAAUAACAACAAUGGCAAUACUCUAAAGAAACCUCAAGUUUCUCCAAAGAAUUCAACGAAAUCGCAAUCGAAUGGUGCCACAUCAUCAUCAUCGGCGGCAGCAGCGGCGGCGGCUGCGGCUGGGGCUCCAACCUUGCCAGCCUAUACAUUCGGCACUUUACCCUAUCUGACUGCUCAUCCUCAUGCAGCUCAGGCGCAAUAUGCUCAAACCUAUCACAAUUACGGCUAUGUACCCUGAUCUCUGAACAGAGUCUCCCCUUCUUCCCGUUAGUAGUUAGUAAAAUCUCCUAAAGACUUGCACUUGCAGAUUUGCAACAAUAUAUUAUGUUUCUUCUGUUGUUUUUUUUUUAAACGAAUAUACUAUAUUUAAUACUACCUACUGUAUUUUAGCGAAAUAAAAUUUUGAUUAAAUUUUAA